AUGGCUCUAAGGCUGUUUCUUUUUGUUGGGCUUGGGUUUUUCCUUGUAGGGCAGGGACGUGCUCAAGUAGGAUAUAAACAGGCCCUCCAGCAAUCCUUGCUCUAUUUUGAAGCGCAGAGAUCCGGGAAACUGCCGGGUAACCAGCGUGUGCUUUGGCGUGGUGACUCUGCUCUCAAAGACGGUGGUGAUGUUGGUGUGGACCUCACUGGAGGAUACUAUGAUUCUGGUGACAACGUGAAGUUUGGAUUCCCAAUGGCCUUCACCAUCACCAUGCUCUCCUGGAGCACGGUGCAGUUCGAGUCCCAACUCUCGGCCAACAGCGAGCUAACGAACGCCCUGGCCGCCAUCAAAUGGGGCACGGACUACUUGAUCAAGGCUCAUCACGAGCCUGAAGUCCUCUACGUCGAGGUUGGCGAAGGUGGCUCGGACCAUGCUUGCUGGGAGAGGCCUGAAGACAUGACCACUCCUCGGACUUCUUACAGUGUUGACGCUUCGAAGCCUGGCUCGGAUAUUGCCGGGGAGACUGCCGCGGCGUUGGCUGCUGCAUCCAUAGCGUUUAAUGGUUCAGAUGCCAAGUAUGCCGCCACUCUUCUGGACCAUGCAAAACAGUUGUUCGAUUUUGCUCGCAAGUAUCCUGGUCUGUAUCAGAACAGCGUCCCAGUUGUCGGGCAAUUCUAUUCCAGUAGUGGAUACGAGGAUGAAUUGCUAUGGGCAGCGGCAUGGCUAUACCAAGCCACCAGUGACCAGACCUACCUAGACUUCCUUGGCUCUGCCCAAGACAACGGCGGCGUCCGGUCGAUGUUCUCUUGGGACGACAAAUUUGUCGGAGCCCAAACGCUAGUCUCAAAGUUGAUCUUGGAAGGCAAGGUGCCUAACAAUGGGACCUGGUUCCAAUACAAGAACAACGCUGAUCAGCUCAUGUGCAACGUUGUCCAGAAGGGGAACAGCAAUGUCAAGAUGACCCCUGGUGGCAUGCUCUGGUGGCAACCCUGGAACAAUUUCCAGUACACCACCUCGGCGAUGCUGGUCCUUGCCGCCCAUGCCGACCACCUUGCAACCGCCAAGGCCAACCUCGAUUGCUCAGGUGGCUCCCUUGGAUCUAAGGACAUAAUCUCGUUCGUCCAAUCGCAGGUGGACUACAUUCUGGGGAAGAAUCCAAAGGGUUUGAGCUACAUGGUAGGGUUUGGGACCAAUUAUCCAGCUAAGGUGCACCAUAGGGGUGCAUCGAUCGUAUCGAUCAAGAAUGACCCAAAACCAGUAUCUUGCCAACAGGGAUUCAGUGAUUGGUUCAACAAGGAUGCACCCAAUCCUAAUGUGCUUGUGGGUGCCAUCGUGGGUGGACCUGAUGCCACCGAUGGGUAUUCAGACAGUAGGUCCAACUAUCAGCAGAAUGAGCCGUCUACGGUCAACACUGCACCUUCCAUUGGCGUGUUGGCAAGCCUCGUAUGACCUCACAUUUCUUUCUUUUUUUUUUUUUUUUUUCUCACAUAAGAGAAUGUGGCGUGGAAGGCGAGAAGAUUUAUAUAUGCGCACCCGAUGAUGUAACUAUUCUUAAUCUUCUACAAUAAAUAAGAGUUUUUGGCAAAG